AUGGCUGCCAAACUGACUGGAGUCCCGAACUGCAGUGAGGCGGAGUCGGAUAACACUAGUGCUGCUGGAUUUGCUGGUCACUUAGGUGCCUCUGAAAACACGAACGAAACCAUUGUUCUUCAGCCGGAAGAAAGCAAUGCACAACGGCCAUCUGCCGGAGUCGGAGUUUGCCAAAACGACGAACCGGAUCGAUGGCAAACGGCGAUCGGGUCGCCAAAGCCGCUAUUGUGUUCAAUCGCAGCCGAUACUGACGGACAGGAAACCGUAUGUCCUGGCAGAAAGAAUGUAGCAGAGGUGCCUUUCACACAACCAUCGUUCACGAAAAAAACGUUUUCCAGUGGAAUAUGGAGGAAAACAGUCUUGCCAUCCAAAGAGAGCAACAACCAAAAGAAGGCUGCCCAGUUCCAGGGGUCUCCCAUAUCUUUCAGAAAUGCUGAAGCACCCUCCAGCGUUGCUUUGUCUUCUUGUGACGGUUGCCCCUCUGCCUACGUAGGUCGCCUUGCCCAGCCUUCCUCCGCUUACUUGUUUGCAGGUGGUGCAACCAAGCAGCCAGAUAACAGCAUUGCAUGGCUUCAAACAGGGGAUGAACAAGCGGUGACCCAUGAAUCCGGAUCAACGGGUUCUGUCCCUGAGAUGCAAACGGCAGACUUUCCUCAGAUGCCAUCCAACCCUGGCAGUCAGUGUGGUGCGGAAAGUGUGGUCAGAAGAGGAGACACCACCCAACAGGAGAGCAGUGCGGAGGCUCGUCGCGCGCUGUCGAUUCAAUUCCAGGGCAGAGAUACCGGUGUUCGCCAUGUCAUGCGAGAAAGCCCCGGUGGAGCCUCUCGCUUGUCCCUGACGGAGAACCGCGGAAUUUCGUCGAAUGUGGACAGAAGAGGAAUUCCAUCUUGCCUCUCGGACACCUACAAUAACAGGGCGGAACUCCGGCAGGACUGUUGUUCAUUGUUUGUUGAACGACCAUAUGGUGGCGGCGACCCUCCGCAAUCGUUCUUCAUAUAUGGACACAGGCUUUUCUCGAACACGCCUUCGACAUCAGAGUGCAUUUCUACUGUAAGCCACCAUAAUGUCGGAAAGAACUUUCUGCCGUCGUCUUCCUGCUCGUAUAGCGCACCUUGCAACACAAACGGCUGUUCUUACAGCAAACGAGAAAAUGAAAAGGCACCUUCGUCUCACAGGAACACGGAAGCUGGCGCAGGUCAGCAGCACCGCAUCUGGCUUCGUCGCAUUCGAGGGACGCCUUUUUCGGUAUGUGAAAACUGUGGAACGCCAUUCGACACACGGCCGCAGGUGGACGGACGCAGUGUAUCACAUAGCGGCAAUUGUGGAAGAGACCCGUCUCGAGCGGGAGAGGACAUGCAUCGUCAGCCUACGAAAGGAUCAAACGAACAAGAGCAUGAACAUGAGAAACAGCCUGACUCAAAACGGGGCAUUAGCUCUCCUUUGGCGGAUUUGUGUUCUGCGUUGGGAGAGGGAACAGAUUCCCAGGGACUUACGCCCGUCCAAGACCGAGACACUAACACGUGUAGUAGAGAGUCCUGCACAUCUACCAGAUCCAGCGCCGACACCCUCGUUGAGCACAUAGACGGGUUGGCCGCGAAUACCCCAUCGGACACAGAGCGGAGCGGAAAACGAAAAAGAAGUGUGUCUGAAGUCGGUUCAAGAUGUGACCUUUCAGGAACAGGUGCAUCUUCUUUCGAAGAGGUCCGAACAACUUCGGCAGUUUCCGCCUCAAACACAAAUACAUGCCUUUUACCAUUGGGUGAACGAACCUCUGAAGCACAGAAGCGCCCUGUCAGCGGCUGUUGUUUAAUUAACUCGAGACGGCCCACUGUCGAAAAAAGGGGCUGCUUGCAGUCAUCAUACACAUGCCGCAGAGACAGAAGGAAAUGCCCUUUUCAUGGAAGUUCAGCACGUAGUGAUAGCGACGAUGACGACGACGGGUCUCCGCCCUGUCGAUGUUAUAGCCUACACCGGACCGAGUCACUUUUCCCGACUUCUAAAGAAAACUCCAACGACGGAGGGGACAGUCACAGAAUCGCAAAGGAUUUGGGCUCAAAUGGAGAGGACGGGAUGUGUAGUUGCUCUAGUGCGCUAGAGAGCCUUAAAGGAGUCACUUGGGGAUGGGGGUUUCAGAGCAGCCCAAAGGCGUCUCUGAACUAUUACUUUGGAGAGCUGAAGUCAGGGUUGGCCGUUCCAAUGUCUCAACUGCCUGCAACAAUGACUUGCGCGAUCAUUGCAAAUGUUCCAGUUGCAGCAGCGCUUCAUGGCGCAUGGAUUACGGGUCUCAUAACAGCGGUUUUCGGAGGCAGCCCCCUCUCCGUAACUACGGUCACCUCCAGUCUCGCCGUGACUCUUGCAAAGGUAACGAGGACAAAGUGCGAUGAAGUGACAAAUGUGUGUCAUGAAGAGGGCCUUGAAUUUAUCUUCCCCGCUCUUGUUCUUGCUGGCUUCUGCUGCUUCUUGCUUGGCUUACUACGCCUGUCACGGUUUUCACAGUUCGUUCCGAGCGCCACGAUUGUCGGAUAUUUGAACGCAGUCGCGAUUCUGAAUGUCAGAGCUCAAGUCGAAACUUUUCGAUUCGAUCCAGUGACAUCAACCGGAUAUGAAUGGAUCUGGGUUCUACUAAUGAUUAUCGUUGUGUUUGGGGUAAUGUGCUGUUGGGAGAAGAUCCCACAUAUCAUGUUAAACCGCUUUAUUCCAUCAUCCGUCCUUGCGAUUGCCCUCAGUAGCUUUAUUGAGUUUGUGUUUGUGAGGCGCAUCGCUCAUAUGCAGACAAAAACAGUGGCUUCGCUCUCCAGUAUGACAGAAGGAGACAUAUGGCCAAAACCGUUUUUCCUUACUCCUGAGAAUAUCAAACCGCUUUCCUUCUACUUGCAGCCUUCUAAUUUGCUGACGAUGCUCGAGUUGACCCUGGCGCUAGUUAUGGUGAAUUACAUUUCGACACUGAUUACAGUGGAUAUGAUGUCUGAUAAAGUUGGAACUAUGCGAAGUGAACCAGAUCAACAUCUCGUAAGUGUCGGAGCAGCCAACACAGUGGCUUGCUUCCUGGGUGCGUUGCCAGGUUCCACAGCGCCGUCGCCAUCGCUCUUGAAUCUAAAGGUGGGGGGGAAGGGCCGAGAAUCGUCCGUUUUUUGUGCCCUUGUCAACUUGGCCCUAGUCGCUGCGAGCACGUAUCUGCUGGAUUACGUCCCUUUAGGUGGUCUCGCAGGAAUCAUUAUGUAUACUGCUUACCAUGCCUUUCAGUGGAGUGCCGUAGCUGCCAUGUUCGCAUCAUUUCUGCCAGCUCGACUGCGACAAAAACACUCGUUCCUUCAACGAAAAAUCUGCAGAAGUGACGCCUUCGUGAUGCUCCUAACGACGAUUAUUGCCAUUUCCGCUGAUAUAGGCACCGCUAUCCUGUCCGGCGUUUGCAUCUCUGCCUGUGUGUUUGCGUGGAAGAAUGGAUCUCGCUUAUCAAUAACAAGCCGGGUCGAUCCCGAGUCUGGGAUCAAAUAUUAUCGUGUGAAGGGUCCAAUUUUCUUCCUCACCAAACGGAAGCUUCUAAGGUCUUUUGAUAUCGAACGUGACCCGCCUUCUGUCGUUUUCGAGCUUACUGGUGACGCCUGCCAACUGUUCGACUUCGGCGCCAUGGAGACCUUAGACACAAUAGUGGCUCGCUACCGGAAGAAAAACAAACGUGUGCGGGUUGUUGGGAUGCAGCGCGGCGACAAGAAAAUGAUCGUCAAAGCAGGUCGCAUGUUUGAAUUCGCCCAGAUCGACAUUGUUGAACGAGCCAUCGACGAAGGAGAUGGACCCAAUACCAUUCCCCCCAUCGCUGAUAUGAUGAAACUUCCAUGCUGA